AUGUAUGGCCAAGAAGCCGAACAAGGAUACUCUGCCCAAGAGGCGGAGCUGCAGUCUUUAAAGAUGCGCGUGUCAAGACCCAUGACAAGCUGCAUGCCUAGACGCACAGAGUCUCAAGAACUACAUUUAAUCAAUCGUAGGCCAUUGGCAGAGGCAAUCUCGGUAUCGGAUAUCACCCUGAUGGCGAGACGGCGGAGACUACAUACCCGUUCAUAUGCACCUGCAAGGAAUGUUUUUAAGGUCGCAAGAGAAGGGGAGAAGGGUGCUAUCGAGGGGAAUAGCUUCAGCUUUAAUGCUCAUCACAUGAGCUGGUGGCAUGGGGUUGUCAUCUUCAGUCAUUGGGAUAUCGCCGUCGGGAUCGGGAGGCUCCUCACCAUCCCAAUUGACCACUUCUUCUACAUCAACAUGGCUUACGCCCGUGUUUCUGGCACAAACAUAAUUGGUCUUGUACAAUAA